CCUCUUCAGCCUCAGCUGUGCAGGCUCCGCACUGCAGAUGCCCACCGGCUGCCUUACGUUCCGCGGCUCCCGCGGUGUCCGCCGGUCUCCUCGACCCCCAAGCUCCGGCCACAGUCUUGCUGCCCUCGAGAGACCCUUGCCUGAGCCGACUCGCAGAGCCACUGGAGCGAAGCUGCUACGUCGGCGGGGCAGGGGGUGACUCAGGCAGACGGUGCCUGCACGGGAGCCCGGGGCACUCCCGGAUGCGGCAGGACAAGCUUACCGGCUCCCUGAGGCGUGGAGGGAGAUGUCUGAAGCGGCAGAGCGGUGGUGGCGGCGGCGGCGGCGGCGGUGGUGGCGUGGGCACCAUCCUAAGCAAUGUGCUCAAGAAACGUAGCUGCAUUUCCCGAACCGCGCCCCGGCUGCUCUGUACUCUGGAACCGGGAGUUGACACAAAGUUGAAGUUCACUCUUGAGCCAUCUUUGGGUCAAAAUGGUUUUCAACAGUGGUAUGAUGCUCUCAAGGCAGUUGCCAGGCUAUCAACGGGAAUACCAAAGGAAUGGAGGAGAAAGGUUUGGUUGACCUUGGCAGAUCAUUAUUUGCAUAGUAUAGCCAUUGAUUGGGACAAAACCAUGCGCUUCACUUUCAAUGAAAGGAGUAAUCCUGAUGAUGACUCGAUGGGAAUUCAAAUAGUCAAGGAUCUUCACCGCACAGGCUGCAGUUCUUACUGUGGCCAGGAGGCGGAGCAGGACAGGGUUGUGUUGAAGCGCGUCCUUUUAGCCUAUGCCCGAUGGAACAAGACUGUUGGGUAUUGCCAAGGCUUUAACAUCUUAGCUGCACUAAUUCUGGAAGUGGUGGAAGGCAAUGAAGGGGAUGCUCUGAAAAUUAUGAUUUACCUUAUUGAUAAGGUACUUCCUGAAAGCUAUUUUGUUAAUAAUCUCCGGGCAUUGUCUGUGGAUAUGGCUGUCUUUAGAGACCUCUUGAGACUGAAGCUCCCUGAAUUAUCUCAGCACCUGGAUACUCUUCAGAGAACUGCAAACAAGGAGAGUGGAGGUGGAUAUGAGCCCCCACUUACGAAUGUCUUCACGAUGCAAUGGUUUCUGACUCUCUUCGCUACGUGCCUCCCUAACCAUACCGUUUUAAAGAUUUGGGAUUCAGUCUUCUUUGAAGGUUCAGAAAUCAUCCUAAGGGUGUCACUGGCUAUCUGGGCAAAAUUAGGAGAGCAGAUAGAAUGUUGCGAAACAGCAGAUGAAUUCUAUAGCACCAUGGGGCGCCUUACCCAGGAGAUGCUGGAGAAUGAUCUUCUGGAAAGCCAUGAACUCAUGCAGACUGUUUAUUCUAUGGCUCCAUUCCCUUUCCCACAAUUGGCAGAGUUGAGGGAAAAAUACACGUAUAACAUCACACCAUUCCCAGCAACAGUUAAACCCACCUCAAUUUCUGGGCGACAUGGUAAGGUCAGAGAUAGUGAUGAAGAGAAUGACCCAGACGAUGAAGAUGCUAUUGCUAAUGCAAUAGGGUGUCUUGGACCUUUCAGUGGGCUCCUGGCACCUGAACUGCAGAAGUACCAAAAGCAAAUGAAAGAACUAAAUGAAGAGCAGAGUCUGAGAUCUAAUAACAUUGCAGAGCUGAGUCCUGGAGCAAUCAAUUCCUGUCGAAGUGAAUAUCACGCAGCUUUUAACAGUAUGAUGAUGGAACGCAUGACCACAGAUAUCAAUGCGCUGAAGCAGCAGUAUUCUCGGAUUAAAAAGAAGCAGCAGCAGCAGGUUCAUCAAGUGUAUAUCAGAGCAGACAAAGGGCCAGUGACCAGUGUUCUCCCAUCUCAGGUAAACAACUCUCCAGUUAUAAACCACCUUCUUUUAGGAAAGAAGAUGAAAAUGUCCAACAGAGCUGCCAAGAAUGCUGUCAUCCACAUCCCUGGUCACACAGGAGGCAAAAUAUCUCCUAUCCCUUAUGAAGACCUUAAGACAAAGCUCAAUUCUCCAUGGCGAACUCACAUCCGAGUCCACAAAAAGAACAUGACCAGGACCAAGAGUCAGCUGGGCUGUGGGGACACCAUUGGGCUGAUAGAAGAGCAGAAUGAGGGCUGCAAGACUAACAACCUGGGGGCAGCAGAGGCAUUUUCUUCCAGCUGUGCAGCGACAGCUCGAAGAGAAGGCAGCAGCUCUGAAAGCAGUAUGGGGAGGACAAUCGAAGGGCAGUCUCCGGAGCCAGAGUUUGGGGAUGCCGAUGUGUCUGCGGUCCAGGUAAAGUUAGAAAGCUUGGAACUGAACCAAAGGGAUGCUGCUGCUGAAACUGUGCCCAAGGUGCAUCUGCCCUGUCAGCGAUACUUCCCAGAGCUGCCUGAUGCACCUGGAGAAAACAAAGCCACCAGCAAACCUCCUCAAAGCAGCCACCCGAAAACUCCCAUCUUUAGCCCCUUUCCCAGUGUCAAGCCACUGCGGAAGUCAGCCACUGCCAGGAAUUUGGGGUUAUAUGGUCCUACAGAAAGAACCCCAACCGUGCACUUUCCUCACAUGAGCAGGAGCUUCAGCAAAUCUGGCGGUGGAAACAGCAGCACUAAGAAACGGUGAUAUCUCCCAGCACCUGUGUAUCUAGAUUCACUUUUUCAUGAUGGUGUAAGAGUUCCAGCUGAAUGGCUCCAAAAGCGUUUCAGUUGUCCAGUGAGAAUGGAUAGAUAGGUUCAGAGAUGAGCCACACUCCAUAAAAACUGGAACUGGAAUUUUUAUAAUGAGAUCUGUAUUAGAAAUGUUUUCCCAGCCACUGAUAACUGAUACAGUGGAUUCUUGUGGCAAAAUAAAUAUUGAGGUUUUAAAGUGUGAAA